GCGGUUAUUUUCGCCGUGUACAGUAUGGUGCAAAAACUGUUGAUAUUUCUUACAUUUAUCGCCAAAAACGGAGGUGGGCAAGAGAUCGGCGGUGCUGUACUUUGAGGUCAUCGUCAUUGCAUGACAAGGGCUGUGGCAGACUCAUCCUCAUCACUCAUAACAGCAUUUCCAUAUUAUUUCCUCUGUGCGGUAGUACCAUGAAGGGUGGAGGAACUGGAAAAGAGCCACCAGUCGCUGGAGAGAUCGCAGGAAAACGGCCCAAACGCAAAUGUCUGCAGUGGCACCCACUCCUGUCCAAAAAGACCCUGGACUUCUCAGAGGAAGAGGACGAGGACGAUGAAGAGGAGCAGGAGAAGGACCAGGGCUCUCAGGUGCAGAGUGGUCCUGGUCCAGCUGAAGUGGACGAUGAUCCCUCAGAGCAGAGAGCCCGCCGGCCCAUGAACGCCUUCCUGUUGUUCUGUAAGCGCCAUCGCUCUCUGGUGCGCCAGGAGCACCCACGUCUGGACAACAGAGGGGCCACCAAGAUUCUUGCUGACUGGUGGGCUGUGCUGGACCCCAAGGAGAAGCAGAAAUAUACGGACAUGGCCAAGGAGUACAAAGAUGCUUUUAUGAAGGCAAAUCCUGGAUACAAAUGGUGCCCUACCACAAGCAAACCAGUGAAGAGUGCUCCCUGUCAGCCAGUGAGUACAGCACGCAAAAAAGUGUGGCCCUUCAUCUCAGGCCCAUGUAAAGACUCCACUGCCAAGAAAGUGCCCAAAGCAGACAGCACGCCACAGUUAAAUUUUGCCAUGGCAGAUCCUACAAAGAUGGGAGGCCUCAGUAUGCUGCUUUUGGCUGGUGAACAUGCUCUCACAAACAAAGAGGUCCCUUCAAGCACUAAACCAAGUUUACAUGAAACAGUCACUGAGAGAGACCCUCUCCCAGAACUUAAAGCAGAGAUAUUGUGUGGAACAAUACCGAAGAGAGUGCCUGAUAUUACUAAAAACAGGGUUAAGCCUGAACCUUCCCCUCCAGCUGAGUCAUCUGUGGCACCAGAAGUAAAACCAUGCAGGCAGUCUGCUCUGUUCCAGCUCGCAGAGAUGUGUCUAGCGUCCGAAGCACAGAAGAUGGACACCGAGGUUGCACAGCCUGAGGACAGUUGCUCGAGACCCUCCUCUGAGCAAACUUCAGUCAAAGCUGAACUCAAGGAAGAGAAAGAAACCACUGACAACGCUCCGUCCACACCCCCAUUCCCUGUCUCCUCACCUCCCACCAUCACCUCUACCUCCAGUGACCCCACCCCCCUGACCAACAGCCUCAGUCCCCGCCUCAAAAAGAAACCCAAGAAGAGGGAAGAGCCUAAAAAGGAGGACGCAGAAGAUAUUCCAACUCCAGCUAAAGUCAUGAAAAUUGACACCCAUCCCAAAUCAGUCGCUGAUCUGAUUUCCACCACUAUUGAAAUGGUUGCCAAGAGAUCAUUGCAACAACCAGAAGAGACCAGGAUCCAAAGCAGCCAAAGUUGUGGGAGCCAUGUUUUACCCAAAAAGACCAAGCCCAAAUCAAGGGGUUCUACGGAGAAAGCGGAGGUUAAGAUUGACAACAGUGUACAGUGUGGGGAAGAUAAUUCAGAUGAGGGAUUGGAGAGUGAAAUACUGGACAGCAGUCUGAAAACCGAGGUACCAGAAACAAUCACUGACAGGACAGAGACUCCGGACAACAUGGCUGAAUCGGAGCAAUCCUUCACUAAACCGAAGGAGGAGGACAAAAGUAAAGAUCGUACUAGUGAAGUAGAGUGCAUCAGUGAAAGUAGAGGGUCCAGGAAGUCUGAGAGGAGCUGCAAAGGCGCCUUGUACAAAACACUGGUUUCAGAAGGGAUGCUAACGUCUUUGAGAGCUAACAUUGACAGAGGUAAAAGAGGUGCCUUACGUGCUUCUGAUAAUGAUGCAAACUGGACUGAAGACAGCUGGACACUCACUCAGAUGGGAUCCAAUAAUCCCAAAAAGCUCAAGAAGUCCAAGUCCAAAGACGACUCUUCCCCCGGUCUGGGAAAACUGGAGGAAGAAUUUGAAAAGAAGUUCAACAGCCUGCCUCAGUACAGUCCCAUGAUAUUUGACAAAAAAGGCACAGCUGUUACAAAGAGGAAAAGGGCUGAUGUCAUAGUUCAAGAUGAGGCCCCCAAACCCGGUAAAGGACCAUUUCCAUCUCUGAAAAAGACUUCAUUCCACAAGAUUGUUAGGAAGCAUAAACUCAAAAAGGACAAGCCAGUUCCAGUGGAAAGAGUAGUGGUUCAGAAUGACCUGACCUUGCUAGACUCAGCAUCAAAAGCCAAAUCCCCCACUGCCAUCGUGUGCCCAGACGCCCAGGGCAGUGUGAACAUGGAGAUGCUCGUAGGAAGCCAGAAGAGGAAAGCCAGGAAGACCAAGAUCACUCACUUGGUUCGCACAGCAGAUGGGAGUGUGUCUCCAGUCGAAGGUGACAAACUUAGGGACCCGAUCCAGGAACAGGAUAAGAAGCCAUUACCCCCCCAGAAUUUAUGCAAUGAAAAAGGGUGCUACAGCGAUCCCCCUGAAGCGGAGACCGAGAGGAGCGUCACACCACAGGAUCUGCCUGCUUUUUUCAGUUUAACAGCACUUGCCGAGGUUGCUGCUAUGGAAAAUGCUCAUAGAGGCCAGAGGAGCUUGGCUGAGAGUCAGAAGAAGGAGCUGGCUCAGACUCCAGUGCUGAUCUCCUGUGCUGAUCAGUGAGACCACGGCUGCUCAAACACACAUGGACCCUUGGAGCGUUAUCCUUUGUGAGCUGAAAACCCACACAGGAGGGAGCCCGGAUCACGAUGCCUUGGAUAGACUCGACGCUCCCUCUUGUGGUCCUUUAGCUGAGAAGCAAAAGCUAGCACCGCUUCUCUCCGCGCUCGCCACUAUCUCAGUCUCUCCCCAAAGCCCCUUCAGUGAGAGGAGGAUGUCUUUUAUAUUCCUCUCACCUGUUUAGAUGCUCCGUUAGCGCCUGUGGAAGAACCAAGCUGUUUCUCUCAGUGCAUGAGUUCCUUCUGAGGUGGUUUUCUGGGAUCAAUGUAUGUUUAUGCAGUUCUAAAGCUAGUAUCGUAUUAGCAUUACUUCUGGUUGUUUUUAGAAGACCUGGCUUUCUGUCACCUUGUUACCUCACACACACCUACUGAAAAGCCACCUCUGUUAGAAUACCUCUGUAUUUAUUAGCUUGCACCCUUCCUACCCUCCAGCUUCAACCCAAAACUGUUUAACCAGGGUAACUAAUCAUGAUUCCACUUCCACUUGUAACAUUUGCGUAGUAUUUUGUUUGUUUCACCAGUUUAGUGCACAUAAAAAUGGUGAAAAUUAUGAUUUGAGUAGAGUAACUGUGACGCUACUGUUACAAAGAGUUUGUGGUAGCUCCAAUAAUCUUAUUAGACUGAACUUGUAAGAGUAGACUUGUGCUUACCCUUGCAUCCUGCUGAAGUUGACUUUUGCUAAGGCUCUUGUCUUGUUAGUCCUUUAGUGGUCCUCCCUGUCAGGUGUAUGAGCUGAUUGCUUCAAGCUGUUCUUGAUAUGAGGAAGCUGUUUAAAAUGUCUCAAAUCUAGCCUUAACCUUUUUAGCCGUUUUUGUCACGUUAAACCCCUCAUCUGGCUCGUCGCUGGAUCCCGUCACAAUUUGAAGUUGGUAGAAACUAGGGCUGCACGAUAAUGGAAAUGUACUGAUAUGUGACUGUUAAGAACGGUGAUAUCGAUAGUAUUCAGAAAUUUUAAUAUUUUUGAGUCAGUAAUUUCAAUUAGAAUAAAACCAAAAAAACAUGCUUUAAGUUACAAGUGAAACGUAACAGGGACAAAAUAUGAUCUAAUUUUGGACUUAAUAAGGACAGUUAUUAAUAAUAUCAGCUUUAUGUAACAGUCUUAUUAAAAAAACUGUGCAUUUUUGUCUGAUACAGAACAUUAGUAUUAUUCUGAUAUAUUAAGUAUGUUUUGAUAUCGAUAAUUGCGUGAAACUGCCUUGCCCUUGUUAGUAGCCAACAUUAUUAUUAUUGUAUUCACCCUAUUUUAGAAGUUGUCGUGGGCGCUGCCAUCAUCAUUCGGAUUGUAUUAUUUUGCAUGGGACCACUGAUCUUGACUACAAACCUGUUUUUAAAGCCUCCCAGAAAAUCACAAAUCAUCCUACUUUAUAUCAGAUUUUUGCUGCGAAACUUUUCCCAAUUUCUCCAUUGAAAUUCCCACUUAACAAGAAAUGCCACAAAGAAAGCGCCCUUUAGUCGCAUUUACGGCAAAAGUGUGCGGGGCCAAAUAAGGUCAAUAUUAGAGGAGUCUUUAAGUGAACCUGCCCUGCCAACAUCAUUAUGGCUCUUUAUGCCUCUUAUUGCAUAUUGAAUCAGUCAGCAUCGCAGUAUUGUUUCUUUUGUGACAUAUUGUGCAGCCCUAGUGGACACCUGAAGUAGUGCGAUGCAGUUUUGUUACUACUUGAUCAUAUUGCAGUUUAUUGCGUAGCAGAUGGAGUGGUUCUUCAUUACAUGUGAGUGAUUUGUUUAAAGAUACAUGUUUGCUAAUAACAGUUAGGUAACCACUGCACUAAUCUGUAGCUUAGGCUGGAGCUCCUCUUUGAGUAAUAAACAUCUUGUCUCCUGUCACACUGUAUGCAAACUCUGAAGCACAUCUAAGAAUCAUGAUUUCUUUUUAUUGAUUUAGAGUUUUUAUAUGUGUAUAAAUCAAUAAUUGUUAAAGCCAGCUGUCAUUGAUGAGCUACUGGAGACGAGGCAUUUGACAGUAUCCACUUGUAAUGGAGCUUAACAGUGACCUCCUGCUUCUGGUUCUGAAAGUACAUUUCCCAUUCAUUUUUCUCAUAAAUUUUCAGAAAUGAAUUAAUAUGAAAAGUUUGAAAGCUAUGGACUAAUCACCUAUGUGAUUCAGUUUUAUUAUAUAGCACAUUUUUAACUUCAGCUGCCCCAAGGUGUACAUAAAAAGUAAAAAACAAAACAAACAAAUACACAGAUAAUACAAAACAUAGGAACAGAACAAUAAAACACCAAGACAUCCUGUCUAGCUAGUAUUAAAUGCCAGGGAGAAGAGGUGGGUGGUAACUAAUGACAACAAGACUUUUCUGAAAUGGUAUAAAUCGCAACGUUAUUAAAACAUGGAU